UUCAUUGAAAUUAGCAGUAAGAACGAACAAGGGUGUUUUAAAAUGGAAAACAUUUUUACUUGAAAUAUCAACAUGUUUUUAAAAACAUACUCAAGAAUUAUGAAAAGAAAGCUGGGAAGAAUUCGGUGCACCACGUCGACAGUGCUUGUUAUGAAAGCAAAUUAUUUUUACUAAUUCAGUAUCCAGAAGUGGUAAUAUGAUGAUAUUUAAGUGAUAACUGUGUGAUACAGUUAGCAAGACUGACCUUCAUUGAUUAAAAAAUUCCAUUUUGUUUUCCUAGUUUGCUCUAGUCAUUCAAACACCCCACCAUCCGAGGUUAAAGACAUCGGAUUCUAUGAUAUUUAGUUUCUGAAGUUAAGUGCCAUUGUAAUAGAGAUGCGCGUACACAUGUUAAACAAAGAACUUUUUAAAAAGCAAUUUUGAUUUCUCGCACUCAAAAAGGAAAAGACUUCUUGGGUAUUUUCUUAUUCAGCAAUCCCAAUGUCAAAUUUUAGAUUCGGUAUUGUCGAGAACCCAUAUUUCUGUGAAGUUUGUUUUGAGAGAUUUUUUUAACUAACAAAUCUAAAUAACAGCUCCGAGUUAAUAAUAGGGGAAGUUCAUUAGAUCAAAGAAAUUUUCUUCAUUGUAACUUCUGGAGGACAAUAAAAACCAUUAGAAAUGCAUUCUGUUGAAAAACCAUGUUACACUGAAAUCUGUUCCAAGAAUUUUUCUGGACUAGAAAACCGAAAACAAAAGUUGCAAAUGCAUACUGAAGAAAAAUCACAUUUCUGUGAAGUUUCUUCUGAUGAAUUUUCUCAAUCAGAAACCUUGGAGGAACACUUAAAACUGCAUUGUUGUGGAAAAUCAUAUACCUGUGAAAUUUGUUCUGAGGACUUUCCUCUAUCAGAAACCCUGGAGGAACACUUAAAACUCCAUUGUGGUGGAAAAUCAUAUACUUGUAAAGUUUGUUCUGAGGAAUAUUCUCAAUCAGAAACCUUGGAGGAACACUUAAAACUGCAUUGUUGUGGAAAAUCAUAUACCUGUGAAAUUUGUUCUGAGGACAUUCCUCUAUCAGAAACCCUGGAGGAACACUUAAAACUCCAUUGUGGUGGAAAAUCAUAUACUUGUAAAGUUUGUUCUAAGGAAUAUUCUCUAUCAGAAACCCUGGAGGAACACUUAAAACCCCAUUGUGGUGGAAAAUCAUAUACCUGUGAAAUUUGUUCUGAGGACUUUCCUCUAUCAGAAACCCUGGAGGAACACUUAAAACUGCAUUGUUGUGGAAAAUCAUAUACCUGUGAAAUUUGUUCUGAGGACUUUCCUCUAUCAGAAACCCUGGAGGAACACUUAAAACUACAUUGUUGUGGAAAAUCAUAUACCUGUGAAAUUUGUUCUGAGGACUUUCCUCUAUCAGAAACCCUGGAGGAACACUUAAAACUCCAUUGUGGUGGAAAGUCAUAUACCUGUGAAGUUUGUUCAGAGAAAUUCUCCCAAUUAUCAAACCUGAAACAACACUUAAAAAUUCAUUCUGGUGGCAAAAGGUUUCCCUGUGAAGUAUGCUCGAAGGAUUUUUCUCGACUUGGAUACCUUAAAGACCAUUUGAAAAUUCAUUCUGGCCAGAAGCCAUAUUCCUGUGCCAUUUGUUUUACGGGAUUUACUCAACCAAAGAGCCUAAAAGAGCAUCUGAGAAUACAUUCUGGCGAAAAACCGUAUGCCUGUAAAGUUUGUUCUAAACAGUUCUUAAAGGCGGGAAACCUAAUAGAACACGUGAGAAUUCAUACUGGCGAAAAACCAUAUUCUUGUGAAGUAUGUUCGAAGAAUUUUUCUCAGUCUUCGAAAUUGAAACGACACUUAAGAACCCAUUCUGGCGAGAAACUAUUUUCCUGUGAAGUUUGCUCGAAGGAAUUUUCGAGAUCAGGAACUUUGAAACAGCACUUGAGGAUUCAUACUGGAGAAAAACCAUAUUGCUGUGACGUGUGUCAUAGUAAAUUUUCUCAACUGGCACACCUAAGACGACAUUUAAGGAUUCAUACUGGAGAAACUCCAUAUACUUGUAAAAUUUGCUCUAAGGGAUACACUAAAUUAACAAAUCUGAAAAAGCAUUUGAGAAUUCAUGUUGGAGAAGAACAAUAUACUUGUUAAGUUUUUUAACUUAACAAGUAUUGAGAAAUUUUAUACUUGAAUGCUAAGGGGGGAAACCAGUUUUGGCGGGUCAAAAAAUCCAUUUUUUUUUCAAUGUCAUAUAAUGUUAGUAGAACUAUUCAAGAAUAAGUUACCUUGAUUUCAAUUCAAAAUUCCGAUUAGUUCCGAUGCUAUGAGCACUUAAAAAACUGGAGAUUCGAAAAUGUUCACAGCAGUUUUUUUUUUUUCAAUCGCGUUUUUCUCAAAACCUUUUUUUCAAGUAGUGUGCAUUCUAGCACAAAACAUUGUUAGCUAACCUUUCUAAAAUUUUGUGUGAAUAAUAUUUAUUCAAUGACACACUAUAUGAACCUAAUUCUGGGAUGAUAUUAUUAUAAAAAAUAUUUUUUUAAUGCGGGAGGGGGGGAGAUGAACAAAAUUAGUUGAAAAUGGUAAAUUUUGUUACCAAACACCUCAAAAGCAUGAAAUGUUUUAUUUUUUUAACCAAAAUUAGGUUCAUAU